GAGAGAGAGAAAGACAUGACUCUGUGAGGUCGAUGAGAGAGCGCACUGACUCUUAUCGCGAGGAGAGAGAGGAGCUGGACUUCCAGUUCGAUGAAGAACUCGAUGUUCCCAGUCUCACCGGCCGUCAGAAGCAGUUCACUGAUUGGUCGGAAGAUGAAAGUGACGACUACGAGCUGAGCGAUCACGAGAUCAACAAGCUGCUGAUCGUGACGCAGACGUCGUACCGGGCGCCCAAACACGAGGGCUACGACCGCACCGGCGACUGGACGUCACGCGUCAAGAUGACACAGGACCUCGAGCAGGCCAUCAACAUCGGCCUACAGUACUACGAGGAGAACCUCUGGAGCGAACAGGAAUGGUUUCAGCCAACAUCGGGCAGUUACAAGACAGUGAACAUAAUCACUCAGGAGGAUUUCGCGAAGCUGGCGCCGCGGUCAGCGCCGAAGAGAAGCAAUCCCGAAGCCCCGCCCCCUCCACCACCUCCCUCACUCAACACGCAUGCGCGCUACAUGCAUGACGAUGAUGAUGAGUUGGAAGAAGGCGAGAUUAGGGAUGAUGAUGAUGAUGAUGACGUACUUGUUGAUGGCAAAGUGUCUCACGAUGAGUCCAAGAAAGCAAUCUCAGUGCCAUCCGAAUCGUCGUUGAAGAAGCCGCCGAAACGCGAGCAGUACGACGACAAACAGCGGCGCUACCGCGACAGGCCCAAGUUCUACGCGGUGGUGAAGGACACGCGACGCCCAGUCGACGGCCUCAAGCGCAAAACACGCCAUUCGGACAAUCCGCCGGUCGAGCAUCACGUCGGCUGGAUCAUGGACGUGCGGGAGCAUCGUCCCAGAACGUCGUCAAUCGGCAGCUCGACCGGCACAUCCCCGAACGAGGGCUUUCUCAGCGGCGGCACGCCCCAGUCGCUGCCGCACUUCCAGCAUCCAUCCCACUCGCUCCUCAAGGAGAACAACUUCACGCAACAGGUCUACCACAAGUAUCAUUCGCGCUGUUUGAAAGAACGAAAACGUUUAGGCUCUGGACAAUCACAAGAAAUGAACACCUUGUUCCGGUUCUGGUCUUUCUUCUUGAGAGAGAACUUCAAUAAGAAAAUGUACGAGGAAUUCAAGAAUUUGGCUCUCGAAGACGCCAAACAAGGGUUCAGAUAUGGAUUGGAGUGUAUG